UGGCCGUUACGCCUGCGCCUCUCUUGGUUCUCCCACCACGCAAAGCAUCCGGCACGCCGAGUUUCGAGCUUCUCCCGGCAAAGCCCGUUGCCCGGCAACAAUGGCGGUCCUGGCGCCCGUGACGCCGCGGCAGUCAAUGCAAGAAAUCUCGUCGGCUUCUCAGAUCCGUGAUUUCGCCCCGUACAACCCGUACACGCCGAAUGGAACCGUCACGCCGACCCCGAGUGCUCAGACAGACGGACCGCUGCUGCCGACAAAUAACCCGGUCCCUCCCACGCCGAGCAGCAUACACAAGGGGUGAGAUAAGCUCUCCCCGAUGGUUCCGGUUUCGUCACUGACCCAGCCUUCGGUUAGCAAGCGGACCGGAUGGCGGCGCUUCUUCUCGGUGGUCAACGAGUGCAUGCUAGGGAAGGAAAAGGCGUCGGUGUACUGGUAUGCCAGUCUGCUCUCCGUCGUUGCCGCCCUGGUCGUGACAUGCUCGAGCAUCUUUGGUUGGCCGCCCUUGCCGAUCUGGGAAUAUCUGAGGCAUGUCACGCGUUGACGGGUGAACGACUCUCCGCUACGGGUAUCAGGCGCAAGGACGUUGGCGUCAUGUUUGGCUUAGGGGGUCUGGAGGUGCAGUGAGGACGGCGCUGGCGUGGCGUUUUGGGUGGGCGUUUGUGAAGUUGAAUCAUUGGGAUCGGUGCUGCCACUACGAUGAGAACAAGCACAGAAAUACAGUUCAUGGAUAGGCGUAUACGUAAACAUACGUGUAAACAUACGUGUGUGACCAACAAAGUCAAGCCCCGACUAUGCACUCGCGGCCUCUCGGCAGCAAGAUGGCAGUCGACGCUCCGGCUUAAUCGUGAUCAGGUUGCUAUAUGCCUUGAUGUUUUGUUUCGACAGACCACCGAGAAGGGAUGAAGAGACCCAAACCCAGUUGCUCCAGCAGGUGCUGCAGCCGUCGCGGCAAGUUUUGGAAUUAGGGGGUUAGAAAGGUGGAAACAAACACAGACCUACCGUCUCAACGGGCAGUGUUCAGGAAGGUCUACGGAAGUACAUCGCCCAGGAACGAAAGAGCCCGGCAUCUCGUGCGAAAGCUAGGGUAACUGUUUGCACGUUUGCUUUCAAAGAGCAUAUUCCUCAAAUUCCUGGUCUGUGUGGUUAUCGCAUCUCAUCCGGCUACGAGGCGCUCUGUCUUCGCGGACUCGCAUAUCAGAACCAAAGGCAGAGCCUGUUGCAAGGUGAAGCUGAACGCGAGAAUUCUGCGCCGGAAAAAUGUUCAGCCAGUCCCAAAGGGGCUCCAGCCCCAACAACUGGGCCUGUUUAACGUCCGCUUGUUAUCGGUCACUAUCACUCACAGUGGAGACAAGCUAACGUUACCUG